GACCAAGAAACGAAGCAGUAUGAGCUUUCAUGCUCCGCCGGAUCUCCUAAAGUAAACACCAAGUUCAAAAGAAAUACGGAACACUCUUUCCCAGUUUUGGCACGAAAAUUCCGUUGGAUCUGAUCUUUCAUCCCUAACACUCUCUGGGGUGUCGUAGUGAUGGCUUCUCUUCUUUAUCUUCUUUUAUUGGCGGUUACGAGCCCAUUGUUGUUCUCUUCGACUGAAAGUAGCCGAAAGGAAUUACGGGAUAAAGAGUCAAACCAUGACCCUGUCAUACAAUUGGGGCUCUCAAUCAGGAACAACAGAGUUGACCCAUCACGAGUUGUCCAACUCUCUUGGCAACCAAGGGUGUUCUUGUAUGAAGGUUUUCUGUCAGAUGAGGAGUGUGAUCACCUAAUUUCAUUGGCACGAGGUUCCAAAAAAACAACUCGGGGAGAUGAAGACGGGUCAGGAAGCAUUGGGAUGAAUGGUAUAUUUUCAAGUUCAGAAACCCCUUUAGAUGAAGAGGAUGACAAGGUCACAAGGGUCCAGGAAAGAAUUUCAGCGUGGACUUUCAUUCCCAAAGGGAAUGGCAAACCUCCAGUGGUCAUGCAUUAUGGUCUUGAGAAGGCAGAACAGAAGUUUGAUUACUAUGGUAAUAAAUCCAAGUUAAGAUCGAGUGAACCUUUGCUGGCAACAGUUGUUUUAUAUCUGUCAAAUGUUACUCAAGGUGGUGAAAUUCUGUUCCCCAAUUCAGAGCCGAAGAAGAAGAUCUGGUCCGAUUGUGCAAAGACUAGUAAUAUCCUGAGACCCAUCAAGGGGAAUGCAAUUCUCUUCUUCACUCGCCAUCCCAACGCAUCUCCUGAUACCAGUAGCGCUCAUGUUAGAUGCCCUGUCCUUAAUGGUGAUAUGUGGUAUGCUUUUAAGUUAUUUUUUGUCAGAGCCGCUGAUGGGAGAAAGGUCUCCGUUGAAUCAGAUGACCGUGAUUGCACUGAUGAGGAUGACAAUUGCUUCCAGUGGGCCGCUAUCGGAGAAUGCCAAAGGAACCCUGUGUUUAUGAUAGGUUCCCCUGAUUAUUAUGGUACAUGUAGGAAGAGCUGCAAUGUGUGCUGACUGCGUAAACUUCACUCUUUUAGCUUCUUUUACACUUCAUAGUAUAUAGCACUAGUAUUUCUUUUCUUUUCUUUUCAAUAUGUUGACGCAUGUUUGCGAUAUGAUUUUUGGAUUGUAUGA